AUGUUAACAAAUAAGAUACUAUCAAAUAAAGUAACUAGAAGUUUAUUGUUGGGUUAUGGUCAACGAUCUACUGCUUCUUCUGUUACAAGUUGCUUGAAUUACUCGACUGGUAAUGCAUCGUUUCAACCAAACUACAGCAACAAGACUGCUGCUACACCAUCAUCAUUCAAUAACAAUAACAACAAUAGUAGUACUAGUAACGCAAACAAACAACAACAAUCAUUAUUAAAUGAUGAAAGAUUCUAUAGUGAAGAAAAGUUUAUUGGGAUUGCAAAGGAACCAUUUGCAAAAGAGAUUAAUAAUAUCUUGAUGGGUGAAUUAGAUAGUCAAGAUAUCGAAAUUAAACCAGAUGGUAUCAUUUAUCUUCCAGAGAUUAAAUAUCGUAGAAUUUUAAAUCAAGCUUUCGGACCUGGAGGAUGGGCAUUAAAACCAUUUGGACCACCAGUAGUAAUUGAUGGUAGUCUUAUUAGACCAUAUGCAUUGUAUUGUAUGGGACGUUAUGUUAGUGAGAGUCUUGGAGAACAACCAUACGUCGAAGGAGGACAUUUGUCAUUUGCAACUGCCAACGAGGCCGCAAAGUCAAAUGCUCUUGUUAGAUGCUGCAAAGAUUUGGGUAUCGGUUCUAGUCUAUGGGAUCCAACCUUUAUCAGAGAAUGGAAACAAAACAAUGCCGAAGAGAAAUUCUACGUUCAUGUAAAGACAAAUGAUAAAAAGAAAUUAUGGACUCUAAAGGAUGGUUCAAAUCCAAUGGGUUAUCCAUGGAAAGAAGCUAAUAGUUUUGAUAAUCAACAACAACCACAACAAUCAUUUUCAUCUAGACAACCACAACAACCACAACAACAACAACAAUCACAACAACAAUAUUCUUCAUCAUCAUCUAUUUCUCAACCAAUUACAUCAGAAGAAAGACAAUUAGUAGUAGAAAAACCAACCCAAUUUAAUCCAAAUCAAGCUUCACUUAAUCAUCAACAAUCUUUACAAAUGGAUGAUACUUUACCAGUUGGUCCAUCUCCCUCCUCUCAAGCCUCUUCAAAUAAUAGUUCUACCAAUGAUUAUGUCAAUUCUGAAGAGAUUGAUAUUGAUUCAAUUGUUCCACCACAACUUAAAAAAUAUGCUGGCAAGACUUGGAGAGAGGUUGUUCAAGACCCAAGAGGAGUACAAUAUAUUGGAUGGGCAUCUAGAGAAAUGAAAGGACGUGUUCAAUUACAAGCUCAAGCCAUCUUUGAUUUUAUUCAACAACAUCAAGAACAACAACAACAACAACAACAAGGUCAAGGUCAAUAA